AUGGGGCCAGCUAGGAGAUUCCCGGUGCGCCCUGAGGAGUUGGGCACGGCUGAGCGGAUCUGCGUCUAUGGGGGCAGCUUCGACCCUCCGCACUACGCACACCUGCAGGCUGCUGCUGCAGUGCUGGCGAGCAGAGCAGCAGCAAAAGUUUGGCUGGUGCCUUGUGGGGGUUCUCCUGCAGACAAGCAGCAGCAGCAGCAGCAGCAGCAGCAGCAGCAGGAGGGAAACCACCAGCAACAGCAUCAGCAAGACCAGCACGAGCAGCAAGACCAGCAGCAAGACCAGCAGCAGCGGCAACAGCAGCACGACCAGCACCAGCGGCAAGACCAGCAGCAGCCGCAGCCGCAGCCGCAGCAGCAGCAGCAGCAGCCGCAGCAGCAGCAGCAGCAGCAGCAGCAGCAGCAGCAAGCGGGCGUGCGCAAAGACAAGCACUUGUGCGUCUCCACUUGGGAUCGUCUCCAAAUGACUCGCCUCGCAGUCAAGGAGUUCUUCGGCCCUCUUGCGGGGCAAGUCGUCGAUGUGCUGGACAUAGAGGCGCAGGCGGGCUGCUUUGUGCCCACAGUUAAGCUGCUUGGCAUUCUGCAGCAGCGGCUGCUAGAGCAGCAGCAGCAGCAGCAGCAGCAGCAGCAGCAGCAGCAAUUGCCGGAGCUGUGGCUUCUUGUUGGUGCUGACUGCAUUCCUAACUUGCACAAGUGGUACGAAGGGGAACGGCUGCUGCAGAGCACUCGGUUUCUCCUCAUUGAUAGAGAAGGGGGCCCCCUGGGGGCCCCCUCAGCUGCUUUUGCUGCUGCGGAAGAAGCAGCAGAAGAUGCAGCAGCAGCUGAGGCUUCAGCAGCCGAUAGUACGCCUGUGGGGCGCAGCAGCAGCAGCAGCAGCAGCAGCAGCAGCAGCAGUGCGAGCCAGGGCAGCAACAAGGACGGAGUCAGAGGCAGCAGCAGCAGCAGCGGAAGCCGCAGCAGCAGCCCGAGCAGCAGCGAAGUGACCUGCAACGGCAGCGGCCUCAGCAGCAGCAGCAGCAGCAGCAGCAGCAGCAGCAGCAGCAGCAACGAGGUGUCUAGACAGCUGAAGCGCAUGCACCGGUUUGCUUUUGUUAAUGACAUGCUCGACAAAGACAGCAGCAGGACUUUGCUGCCUCGUGUCUCUUCUUCUGUUUUGAGAAGCAAACUCAAAAAGAGAAACCAGGGACCCCAUCACCAGCGUGAGCAAGAGGCAAUAAAAGCGGAGCAGCAACGGCAAGAGCAGCAGCAGCAGCAGCUGCUGCUGCUGCAGCAGCAACAGCUGCUGCUGCAGCAUCAGCAGCUGCUGCAGCAGCAACAGCAGCUGCAGCAGCAGCAGCUGCAGCAGCAGCAGCUGCAGCAGCAGCAGCAGCAGCAGCUGCAGCAGCAGCUGCAGCAGCAGCAGCUGCAGCAGCAGCAGCAGCUGCAGCAGCAGCAGCUGCAGCAGCAGCAGCAGCUGCAGCAGCAGCAGCAGCAUUUUUUGAGGAAAAAGAAAUGGACUGAAGUCCCUCUAGGGGGUCCAGGAGUGUUGGGAUUUGAGAGGGGAGUUUGCAGACCCAAGCCUGCUGCUGCUGCUGCUGCUGCUGCUGUUGCUGCUGCUGCUGCUGUUGCUGCUGCUGCUACUGGCGCUGCUGCUGCUGUUGCUGCUGUUGCUUCACGUGCAGUAGCAGCUGAGUGGCAGCAGCAAUAG